GGCCUGGGCAUUACGACGGUCGAGGGCGCAGCGAGCGCUUGGCAGACAUGAGCGCACCGGAGGCGAUCUGGGGUCUGUUGCGCCUCUCGCUGGCGGUGGCCCUUCUGGCCUUCAGCCUUUAUUGCUGCUACAUCAAAUACAUCCACGUGAAAUAUGAUCAUAUCCCCGGCGCCCCGAGGGCCAGCUUUUUCUUUGGUCACCUGCCAUACCUUUGGAAACUGCUUAAAAAUAAGGAACUGGUUCAUGAUCUCUUUCUGAACUGGGCUGAAGAAUAUGGACCAAUCGUGCGUUUUAAUGCUUACCACAGAAUGUCGGUGAUGGUAUUUAGUCCAGAAGGAGUAAAGGAGUGUCUGAUGUUACAGCAGUUCCCAAAGGACCGACUUAUGUAUGGUCGUCUGUAUAAUAUAUUUGAUGUGAGAUUUUUUGGGAAGGGCUUGGCAACAGAUCCUGACUAUAACCACUGGCACAAGCAGCGGAAGAUUAUGGAUCCAGCUUUCAGCCGAAUAUACUUGAUUGACUUAAUGGGAACCUUCAAUGACAAAGCAGAAGAGCUGAUGAAGGUGUUGGAAGAGAAAGCUGAUGGAGAGACAGAAGUUGAUAUGAUGAACCUCCUGAAACGCGUGACUCUUGAUAUCAUUGCAAAGGUGGCUUUUGGCUUAGAACUGAACACUCUAUAUGAUGACCUGGCGCCUUUCCCACAUGCUAUGAAUAUGGUCACUCAAGGAAUGUUUGAGCAGCGCAAACCUUUAUUCAAGUACAUGCCGGGCAACAGAAAAGUAGUGACAGAGAUUAGAGAAAGUUUGAGGUUGUUACGUCGCACCGGAAAGGAGUGUAUCGAGCAGAGGCGCAAGGCCAUACGGAACGGAGAGGAGACCCCUUUGGAUAUUCUCACUCAGAUCUUGAAGAAUGCAGCACAGGAAGGGGACUGUGAUGAUGAAAAUAUGCUGGACCAUUUCAUCACCUUCUUUUUUGCAGGUCACGACACCACCGCCAGUGAGUUGUCUUUCACCAUCAUGGAAUUGGGGCGGCAACCUGAAAUAAUGGCGAAACUUCAGGCUGAAGUGGAUGAGGUUGUUGGUGUGAAGAGGGACGUUAGCUAUGAAGAUCUGGGGAAACUCCAGUACUUAUCACAGGUCCUCAAGGAAGUCCUAAGAUUGUACCCACCAGUUCCAGGCACUGCACGGCGGAUGGAAAAAGAAGGCAUUAUAGAAGGGAUCAAAAUUCCAGCAAACACCACUUUGUUAUUUGAAACCUAUGUCAUGGGACGCAUGGGAAGGUUUUUCAAGGAUCCACUGAUUUUCGAUCCUGACCGAUUUGGCAAAGAGCAACCAAAGCCGUACUAUUCCUACUUCCCAUUUUCCUUGGGGCCUCGUUCCUGCAUUGGACAAACAUUUGCACAGAUGGAAACUAAAGUGGUGAUGGCCAAAUUUCUGCAACGGUUUGAAUUCCAGCUGGUUCCCCCACAGAGCUUUAAAAUUUUAGACAUGGGAACAUGCAGACCCUUAGAUGGCCUGGUAUGCAGGCUGAAGCCACGAAACCAUCUUGUAUUUGAUGAAGAUUAAGAAGAACAUUGAUGAUGGGAUAAAAUCCAUUGCCUUUUGGGGCUACUACUGUGUUGCCUAAACAGUAGGUCUCCUUAAUUGGUUGGGGGAAUUAGCAUUACUGGAGACAAGCAAGAGGGGGUAACUAGGGAUCUCCACCAAUGUUUACGGGGAUUAUCCACUUAGAGAACUCUCAAAUAAAUCAGGCAGAUGUUUAGCCGGAAAGGUUUCUUUAUUUAAAGAGGAAUAAAAGGCAAUUAAACAAGCCCAAAACACACACAGUGCACAUACAAGACUAGCUAAGAAAACAGAAGAAAAUGGGAAAGAGUAAUUUGGGAUAGGGUGUUAAUUACCAGUUCUGAAGAAGGAAGGGUCCGUGGGAGCAGCAGCAAAAUGACCAGUGUUUCAUGGGGAGAAGGAGAAAGCUCAAGUGAUUUGAGGGUGGGUGUAUGGAUCCAGAACAUGUACACAGAGUGGGUGUCUAGGGAGACCAAUUAUAGGGCAAAACGUACCCUAAGAGCAAACUGAUGUCUUCCCUCCAAAGAAAAUGACUUAAUGGUUUGUCCAGAGGUAGCACAAAAGUUGGGAGAGGUUUGAUAAGUUCAUCUGGGGUGAACUUCUAGGUGUAAAAAGAUGCUUGAUGACUCAGCAAUCACCAGAUAGGAAAAGCUCCCAGGGUUUGAGUGCUUAAUCAAGAUAAGUGUUUGAGAUGAAGUGAAGCCAGUUGUAGACAAGAUAAGUCCAUACCUGACAUGGAAAGGCUCAGCAGAGCAGAUCCCAGUGAUUCUGCAAAACUGUUAUCGCAAGACAGCCCUGAGUUGUUUUUCUGAGAUGAAACUUUUCAUUUAAUACUGUGUUAUGACAAUGACGAACUUGAGUCAACCAGGAGUUGCACACACAUUCCUAAAAUUUCCAUGGAGCCUCAGCCCCGUAAUACCAGAAUGAUUCCUUGGGUAGGCACUGCAUAGAUACCAUGGUGGCUUCAAACAGUUCUUAGUUGCCGUCUUUGUUGCCAUCGUAGAAAAACUGGACUCUUUACCUGCAAGAAUGAAGGCUUCCUGGUAAGAGGCUAGUUGCAUGAUGGAUGUGUGAGAAUGGCUCCACAGUUUUCUAGCACAGUUCUGUAAUGAGAAAAGGCUUCAAGGCUAGGGGGAAGCAAGGCUGAAGCAUUCUGGCUAAGUAAGCUUAUCCAUCCAGCUGGGGUUCUCAUGGGAAGAUAGUAUGUGCUCCAUUGAUGUACGCUGUGGAACGUCAUCAUUAGGGCUGUGCUAUUCGGGUUUCACUUUGGGUAAAGAUACCUGAAGUGGACCCAAAUCGGCAAGCUUCAGUAUUCCUGAAGUUCGGAAUACCGAAGCAAAGCUUUCCGAAGCAUUCAGAAAUGCUUCGGAAAGCUUCGGGCUUGUUUAAAGGGCCCCGCCGCUGCUUGCAAGCAGCAGCGGGGCCCUUUAAACAUCAACCACCCCCACCUCCCCCCCCACCUACAUUGCGGUGGCUCUGGGCCAGCUCCUCGGCCGCUGCCGUGCUGCCACCCAAGCCUGCAGGGUGGUGGGGAAAGCUGGAGCCGCCGCCUCCGGCCUUUCCUGCCCCUCAAAUGGCCGCGGCACAGCGGCAGCAUGGCAGCCAUUUGAGGGGCAGGAAGGGCUGGAGGAGGCGGAGAAAGCCCUUCCUGCCCCUCAAAUGGUCGGUGCGGUGCCGGCGCCGGCGCCCAGUGGCCAUUUGAGGGGCAGGAAGGGCCGGAAGCAGCAGCUCCAGUGUUCCCCACCACCCCGCAGGCUUGGGCGGUAGCGGGGCAGCGGCAGAGGAGCCAGCUGACUCCAGGCCGCGCUGCCUUGUGCUGCUGCCGCCCAGCUGAUGACCCUCCUGCCACCAGGUAAGUGGGUGGGGGUUGGAGGGGUCUCCCCAGGGUUGGGUGGGGGGUAGAGGGGUUGUCCCAGGGAGGGUGGUGGUGGGGAGUCCCCCACCUCGCUUCAGGGAGGGUGGUGGUGGGGGUCCCCCACCUCGCUUCAGUAUGCUCCGAAUCUUCACGGAGCAUACCAAAGCGAUUCCCGAAUCCAAAGCGGCUUGCCACUUCAGAUUUGGGGGUAUUCCGAAUCGUUUGGGUUUACCCAAAGCGGGAAUACUGAAUCUCCCCACCCGUGCACAGCCCUAGUCAUCAUCACAUGACACUGUAAGGCACAGAUUGGUCAAUCAAAUCUCCCUGAGGCCUGUGGGCAUAAAAAUGGAGUAAAGAAGUUUGCUUCUGUUGCUCUUGGCAUUUGGCUUUGGCCUCUUGCUGUCGGCCUUUUGUUCCUUCUGACCCUCCUUUGGUGAUGGGGUGUCUUUGCACUCUGGGAUUACAGCUUAAUCUGAUGCCUUGGACUUUGAAAUUGAAUGCUGACUAAGGAUGCUGUGUGAUACCUGGAAGUUACCAGCAUGGAUUAGAUUGGCCAAGUCUCUGCUGGUGUGUAUAGUGUAGGCCUUAGCUGGCUUUAUUGUUUUACCUCUUUUUGCGCACUUCCCAAAUAUAACCUUUAAUGCACAAUUUUAA